CACCCAACGUCGGUGCGCUCCACUCAGUUGGCAGCCUUUGACGCGCUGACUUUCAUAGCGCAAACGCCUCAGAUAGAAACAGUAAACUAUGCGGGAUAUUUCUCAGUGACUGAACAGAAUUUGUUUACUCCACGGCGAUAAGAAGUUCGGCGCCUGUAAGCUCAUUGCUGACCGUGAACGGAGCUAUAUUACCCUCCACCUGCACUUCAUAGUUUCGGAGUUUUGCUCUCGGUGUGUGUGGGCACGUAACUCUCAGAGAAAGACGAUCACUUGGAUUUUUAGGGCACAAGUCGGGACAUCGUGUGCGCCUGGCUUCGGGCACUGGAGUUUUGUAGAGUUUGAUUAUGAAAGCCUGAUGCUGCUAAAUGGGAAGUUUUGCCAAGAACUUUUUUAGUCGUUGAGUAAACCCUCUUUUAUUUAAGCCACUAAAAGUUGAAGAGAAGACAUUUCCUAAACUCAGGCGUGAAUCAUCGAGUUUGUUAUCACCAUGAGUACACCAGUGCUGUUCCAGAUGUGGAUGGUUUUGCUCCUGGGGACUCUGUCCGGGGUCGGGAGGGCUCAGGUUUCUACCGCCAGAGUGAUGAGGGGCAACAUCAGGAGAGACGACAAUCGCCUCACCACAGACUUUUACCGCAAAGAGGAAAACAUCACAGUAACGCCAGUGGGUGGAGUCCUCCAUAGCCCACGCUACCCCAACGCUUACCCCCGCAAUCUGCUGUUGUCAUGGAAACUGCUGUCACCGCCUGGGAGCCGCAUACACCUGGAGUUUGACGGACACUUUGGGUUGGAGGAGGCUGAGAAUGGAGUGUGCAGGUAUGACUUUGUUGAAGUGGAGGACCAAUCAGAGACCAGCACAAUAAUUUGGGGUCGCUGGUGUGGACAGAAAGCACCGCCUAGUCUCAACUCCAAAACCAGCACACUCAGAGUCACCUUCAAGUCUGAUGAUUACUUUGUCGCAAAGCCAGGAUUCAAAGUCUACUACUCGCUGCUGUAUGACUCUUCUCUGCCUGCAUCUAACACCAACUGGGAGGCUGUCACUAUGCCCAUGUCGGACAGCGGUGGACAGAUGCCAGCAGAAGUCACAGAGGUUCCUUUCUCAUUGGACGAUUUGGACCGGACCAUAGCUGCUUUUGACACUGUAGAGCAGCUUUUCAGAUCCCUGAGCCCGAACACCUGGAGACAGGACCUGGACAGCAUCUACACUCAGACACACAUACAUUAUAGAUCCAGGGCCUAUCAUUUGGCAAGUAGACAUAAUAAAGUUGAUCUGAACCGUCUCUAUGACGAUGUCAAGCGGUACAGCUGUACCCCUCGCAACUACUCUGUAAAUCUGCGCGAGGAACUGAGGGCAACCAACGCGGUCUUCUUUCCCCGGUGUCUGCUGGUCAAGCGCUGCGGCGGCAACUGUGGCUGCGGAACUGAAGACUGGAACAACGGCUGCUCCUGUCAGGCCUCCAAGACGACACUCAAACUACACGAGGUGCUGAAGUAUGCCCCAGAGGUCAGUCUGUAUCAGCGCCAUCGGAGGCCACGGGUGCGAUGGGUCAUAGAUGAGAUCUUCCUCACACACCAUGAAACGUGUGAGUGUGUGUGUUCCUCUCAGCCCCCUCGCUGAGACUCUCACGAGUGGCUCGUGCAUCUGGAACUGUUGGAUGAGCUCUUCCCUUAUCUGCAACAGACUUCGUAUAAUUACAGCAACGCAGACACACAUAUGCAGCAAAGAAGAAAGCAUCAAUUUGACUGACAAUCCGCAGCUCACUUCAUACACAAAGACCAACCCUCCUCUGCACACAGACCAAGCUUGUAAAUGCGUAAAUGUUUCCAGCAAAACAUGUUUGUUAUCUAACUUUCCUUCAACUUGGAGACCAAUAUACUGGACCACAUAAACAUCACUCGUGUACUGUAAAGUGCUAACCUCCAGAGGAACUCCCUUUCAAUUUAAUCCAAAAACACAAUACUUCAAAAACACUUGGAAUGCAAAAAAUACCAUACCAAAUAAUGAUGAAAUGUCAACCAUACUGAAUUAAACUUCCAUUUACAUUUUGAUCAAAUGAGUUCAAUGGAUUGCAAAUUAACUGAGUUAAAUUUGACUUCAACCACUGUGUAAACUGUAUUUUAUUCCUAUUUCAUGUGCAUGUAUUUGAGUUUCUUUGUAUUGUAAUAAGACAGUUUCCAGAAACUUUCAGGCACUUCUUCUGCCAGGAGCAUGCUGAUGAGUGAGAGUGAGACAGACAGAGGGAGGGAGAGGGGCUGGAGGAAGUGUAAACCAAAAUAACACUUUAUCUUGAUGUGAAAUUAGGCUAACCGCAACCCUCCAGAUUUAAAUUGCAUUCACUCCGGGCUUCCACGCCUACCUAAAGAUAAAAAUUUGAGUAAUUUAUACUGAAGUCUUUGCUGCUCUAUUUUUCAGUGCAGUCCUCCUUUGUUUCACACACAUUCCUGUCUGCAUGCAUCCACACUUCCCUUUUGUCUGUCCUUCCAUCAGUACGCCUCAUGCUCCUUUUCCUUCUUUCUCACUGACUUUCUCUCUCUCUGUGUCACACACACACACACACACACACGCACUCACCCUCUAACACAUCAAAGGACAUGUCAGAUGAGGCCGAUGUGCUCUGCCCAGUUUUCUGAGCGUUCCUGGCAUUCCAGCUCCUAACAGGACUUCUGCUAACGGGAUCCUUAGACCCUAAACACAUAAGAGGAAGAGAGACAUGGAGUUUCUUUUAAAGGAAGGGACUGACAGAAAAGGGAUAAUCAAAAAAGCCACCUAUUUGUAGAUUAGCAGCACUCCAGGAUGAGAGCUGAGAGAGGAGUCACUUUUGAAAUACUGCACAUAACAGACUGUAGCUACUUCAGCGGUAUUCAGCCAAUAUGUUCAUGCAAUUUUUUUUAAUACAAUUUUUGUUACGUUGCUCUGAUGCUCAAAGAUGCUCAAAUGUGUAACAGUGUGACCCAUUGCUUUGCACGUCUGCAGCAGUAAAAAAGAUAUCUGCGGGGAUUAUAGUAAUGUUCUUGGUCUCUGCUGAAAAUACAACUAAUACUUGAGUGUAUGUGUGUUUGUGUGUGUGCCAGUGUGCCAGUAACAGCUCAGGACGAGGUCCUUUUGUUUAAGGGGUGCAAUGUUACCAACAGUCUGUGAGAGCUGGCAGCAGAUAUAAGCAUGUGGAUUGUCGGCAUGUGACUGUGCGUGCAAGAGUGUGUAGGUAGCUAGAGUAUCAAAGCAGCGCAGCAAGAAUUCAAACUAACUGCUUAUCAUUUCCAUACACAUGACCCAGCAGUGGGAAAUGAAAGACACUGUCAGCUGUCAUCCUUCCAUCAUCACGUCCCAUGUGUUCCCCCACCAUCGCACGCUAAAACUCGCUUAAAGGCUGGAUUUACACAGAGAAAAUGGGAUUUUACACACUGCUUUUGUACGAAAGAGAGACAAAAAAGAAUAACUGGACACUGAGCCGUUUCCUCCAUCAGAGUGAAACCCGAUCAGCUGCCGACAGAGCUUUUAUGUGCAUGUGUGUAGUCAAGGGUGUUAUUUGGAAGGAGUGCAGUAAAGAAUACUUAAAUAUUCCAGAGUUGUGUCAGGUUCUGUGGUAGCAACAUUCCAAGUAAUUUAUACACACACACACACACACACACAGUUGUUUCUGGCUGUAGUUCAUUUAUGAAAGCAGCCUCACUUUGCUGUAAAACUCCUGUCUUCUUGCGUCUUGCUUUGUUCUUGUGUGUCGUAUUUUGAAAGGAGAACAGAAAGCUCAUAAACAACUGGUGAUUUGUUCAGAUUUCACAGAGGACGGUUAGCAGGUAAAUUACCCCUGUUAAAUCUUAAGUAGCUAACGAGACAGACGGUGAUUAGAUAACAAAAUGUUUAGUUACUGUAACGGUGACAAUGUUAGAGCUUUUAUGAAACCUGCUGCCAACAGAAGAUAUAUUGGAAAUGUAUGUAAGGCUGUGUGUGUGUGUGUGUGUGUGUGUGUGCGUGCGUGCGUGCAUGCAUGCAUCCUCAGACAGUUUUCUGGCAUUAUCAGCACAUUCCGUUGUUGCAUGCUUCAAAGUGACAUUCCUUUUUCCUCAUAAUCGGUUUGUUUUUGCUUCCAGUUCACUUCUGGUUCUACAGUAGGUCCACAUGUAUUUCAGUGUCAGGCAUUUAAACCUGGCUGUGUGAACAAAUGGAUUGUAUAACGAAGAGUCCCAAAACCACUACAUUAGUCUUUUUAGACUAUCAAGCUUUUAUUAAGAUUUGGUCCAGAGUUUCAGCUUCCCUUCUGAGGACUGUUGUAUUGACAUAUCUUCAGCUCAGAGAAAAGUUGUUGGUGUUAGUUUUAGCAACAAAAAGUCAACCUGCUUUGCUGUAUUCGUAAAAAUAUUCAUGACAAAAUUGUAUGCUUUUCCUAAAUAAUUUAUUGUGUUUUUCUGUUGUUUUAUUAAAUAAUAUCAGCUGGUUGUCUUGAUAAAUAAAGUGUUUCUAGCAUUAUUGCCUGCAUGCUUUGAUUUUUGAUGUCUGACUGCUUCAAUAUGUUACGUUUCAGUGUGUAUCUCACACUGGAAAGAGAAAUGUGGGGAGAAACCAUGAAUGAUGUGCUUCCACUUCCUUCCACUGUACAAAAGAAAAGCCAAAAUAUCUCAGAUACGAAUGCUGCCAUCUUGCACUAAUGACUUCAUGCAGAGCCCUUAAAUGUGCACUGAACCAACCAUGGGCAGCACUCAGGUGUCAAUCGUGAUGUUUCACCCCCUUUUAUGACAUCAAAUAACUAAUUAAAACAACACUUGAACAUACAUCAGCGUGAUGAGAACAACCUAAAAUGACAAACCAUGUUUUAUUCGAUGUGCACGUGAGUUUUUACUUUGGUCAGGGUCCCUUCUGUUAACAUGGAGGAGGAGGGGUUGCACACAACAAGCGGAGCACACAGGUCACCAUAGAAACCGGCAUAUCAGUGGUAAGUUCAGGAGGGAUCACGUAAUUGCACCAGUCUAAUUUCUACCAAUUAUAGUCUCCAGUCACCUUUACGGUGCUGUGAACCUGUGAGUCAGCACCAGUUCAGCUACACAGCUAUAAGUUUAGGUAGUCUGACAAUCACACUGAAUUGUUAUUUAAUUUUUACGUUACUGAAUUCGGCUUCGGGAGGGAGGAGUUAUUUUGCCUUAGCCAAGUCAGUGGCCAAUCUCUAUUCAUUUUCCGUUAACCCAGGACUGCACUGGUUAUUGCUAGGAGCAGAUUUUGCAUCAACUGAAGAAACAUGCUGAUUUGAGAGUUG